AUGUUCCUCCCUGCCGGCAGACUGGCGAGCUUCGUCGGCCCCCCAGAUCAGAUUUACGCGAACUUGCGGGCCUCGUUCGUGCCGACCUUGCUCUUGCCCACCUUGGUCGGGCCCUCGACCUUGCUCUUGCCUGCCUUGCUCGUGCCGACCUUACUCUUGCUGACCUUUCUUCUGUCGACCGUGCUCUUGCCCCUGGUUUUGCCGACCUUUCUCGUGCCGACCCUGCUCUUGCCGACCUUGUUCUUCUCGACCGUGCUCUUGGCCGUGCUUGCUUUUGCCGACCUUGCUCGUGUCGCCUUGGAGGCCCACAAAGCCUCCCCGCGCACGGGACUUCGGACGUUCAUGGACGAAACCGUCUGCAUGACCGAGGGUUUUCAGCUCAGGAUGGUUGGUGAUAUGUACAGUGCUGCUGCCUCGCUGGCGUCCUAUCGGGCGGAGGCCAGGCUUACAGUCUCUGAUAAGACUUGCCUGGUGACCAGCACGGUUGAGCUCGGCUCCAUGGACAUGCGGGGUGCAGCGCUGACGGUGGUCUCGGGCGGACAGCGGCCCCAGGGGCGCAAGAUCGAGGCAGGCUACGACGCCUGUGAUCUCCGCCCCCGCUGCCAAGAGUGCAAGGUGGACGACGGCAUCGAGGAGUUUGCGUCGGUCUGGGAGCAGGCCAACAACGCGAGCGGCGCCCAGAGGGAGAAGUUGGGGGAGGAUCUGAAGAGGUCUAUCAACAAGCUCCAGAGACUCCGGGCGCAGGUCCGAGAGUGGAUACAGAACGGCGACAUGAAGAGCGGGGGCCCAAAGGACAAGCUCGAGGACGCCAGAAGAAGAAUCGAGAACGACAUGCAGAGGUUCAAGGACUUCGAGAGGGAGCUGAAGACGAAGGCGUUCUCCACGUGCGCCCUGUCCAAGAGCGGCGACGACCUGGAGCUGGAGGAGUUGGAGAAGAUAAAGUACCAGGACUGGCUCACGUCCAAUAUCCAGGUGCUCAGCGACCAGCUCGAUGAGCUCGAGGCGGACUUGGAAGUGCUAGGAAACAAGAAAUCGCUCAGCGCCUCGGACAAGUCGGAGCAGGCCAGACUGAAGACGUGCCAGGAGAGACACAGGUGGCACGUCAACAAGCUGGAGCAGGUCCUGAGAGCGCUGGACAACAACGCCCUCGACAUGUCGGACCUGGCGGUCAUGAGAGAUUUCGUGGAGCUGUACGUAGAGAACCACCAGGAUCCCGACUACCAGCACGACGAGGGGCUCUACGACUGCUUCGACCUCGCAGAAUACGAGGAAAAGCAGAAGCAGGCGCCCGCCAUGCCAAGGCCGCCGCCGCGGCAGCGGCCGCGCACGCGCGCCCGCCAGACGUCCGCUGCGGGCACGCCGGCGGAGGGCGCGACCACGCCCGGCAGCGCGAAGGGCACCCCGAAGAAAGAUGCAUUCAAGUUGUGGCCGUCCCCGCCUCAGUUGGGGGAGACCUUCCUGCGCUGCCCAGGUCACCUGCGUGGUGCCUGCUGCAUGCAGGUCACGAGCUGUGGCACGAAUACUUCAAUCGUGAUCGGAGGUGACCUCAAUGACGGCCUAGGUAUGGAGGCGGCACCCACUACGAGGGAGGAGAUGCUUGAGGAGACGAGGAACACCACCUACCCCCUAGACUUUGCAGCCCUGAACGAGGCCAUAGACGGCGCCAAGGACGACAUGAAACUUGUGGCACGCAAGUUGUAUCGUUCGGGGCUCCGUAGGGCACACGCCCUGGGCUCGGCCCCAGCAGAGGCGUGGCGCAUGUUGCUCACUAGACCUCCUGAGGUCCAGGACAGAGCUGGCGCGGGCACGGAGAAGGGCGAGGUCUUUCCCAGGCCCGACCAGAGGGCUAUGCCCGACGCGGCGCCAGCGGCUGGGGCAGCGGCGGCGGCCUCGACCAACGACUUCGAGAUGGCACCAGCGUGGGCGGGCAAGCGUGCGCUCCAGGUGGACAGGGGCGCGACGCGUGCGGCCAAGGAGUCCAGGACCAAGGGCAAGGGCAGCGGCCGCGACAAGGACAACGAGCGCCUGGAGGAGAUGGCGGUCAUGACGGCCAAGCUCUCGCUCACCGUGGCCAAGGACGUGGAGGACAUGAAGGCGGUGGUCUACGAGUGCUGGGAGCCCGACGCCGACAAGCCCAUGGCGGCCAUCUCGACGCAGGCGGGCAAGCAGUACAACGACGACGUGCAGAAACUGAAAGAGCAGCACGCGAGCGACUCCAAUGUCGACCGCGCAGCGCUGGGCCCGCCGCACCUCGUCGUCAUCGCGGCGGUGAUCAAGAACAUAGCAGAGGUGGUCCCGCCAGACGACAAGGCCAUCCUAGGAGAGUUAUGGAAGAAGGUAGUGCGCCUGGAGGACCCAGAGAUGCUGGGCACGUGCGUCAAACACUACCAGGCGAAGACGAACAAGCAGCCGAAGCAGAGCAAGGAGAAAGUGCGGCUGAUCUUUUCCUUCGACUUGCACGUGCCCGACUUGCGGGCCGUACGGGAGGUCCUGAUCAAGGAGAUCAAGAGGGAGGGGGGCCAGCGCAAGCUGGGGGGAGCACCCAGGGGCCCGCUGCAUCGAGGCCUCACGAAGCUAGUCUACACGAAGAGCUGA